CAGUUUUGAACUGAAUACGUAAAGAGCAGAAAAGAGUUAUCCGUGUUUUUAUACAACAAAUAAACACUAACUAAAUGCACUAAAAUUCAAAUGUAUUUGUAAACUGGUUUUAUAUCUUGACUUAGUACUAAAAGUGUUUCUUUAAGAAAUUAACAAUUCGCGUUAUUUGGAUAGGCAAUGUAAAGUUGCCAACGUGAACGACGAACAGACAAAGUUCAUUGCACGUUACAAAAAAGAAUGUACAGCUUUCAAACAACAGCAAAAACAAAGGCAAAGUGAAACGACCUCGCUCAACGUACGCGCGCAAAAAGCAACCAGAACUAAAGCAGGACAGCAAUAUUUUUAGUGCAACCUAGAUCGAAAAACACCAACAACAACAAUAACAACAAUGGACGUUUGGGGCGUGUUUUCUGGCGAUUCAACGCUUUCUUAUGGCGGCUCCAUGCGUAGCGGCUAUUAUCGUGACUAUGAACAGUUUCCGUAUGGCACGCUUGAGCAUUCAAGCAGCGCCAGUCCGUAUUCAACUAAGGAUUCAUACAGCAGAGUGCAAGAAAAAUGCAGGCAAUUAAAAUCAGAGAAGCAGCUGCGAAAAGAUUGUCCCUUUUGCAAGGAGCACAAGAAGCGGCCAUUGAUUAAUUACAUGCGUAAACGUGAAUCACGCAAGCAUCACGAGAGCAUCUGCGAGGACGACGAAGAGCUGCACGAACAUGAGCACGAGCAUGAGCACGAGCACGAAGUGCGAAAGAUGACUAAUGUUGUGGUGCCAACGCAGCAAAGCUGCAAGGUGUAAACAAAUGCGCAGCGGCAGCAAUCAGAAGAGGAGAGACAAACAGACAGACAGACAGGUGGCAAAAUUAUAUAGUCAAAAACACAAAAGAGAAAAUUAAUUUUGAAACUACAACAACAGCAAUUUACAAUGCCAUAUAAAGUUAGAUAAAGACAACACAAAGCUUUGCGCCUGCUGGUCAGACAUUAAGAGCAAAAGCGAGACAACAAGUGCAACAACAAGAACAACAACAACAACAAUAAUGCAAUGCAACUGUACCUACAUAAAACAAGAAAGAACAAUUGAGUGCAUUUCCGGCAAUGACGUAACAACAACACUACCAUUUACUACCAAGGAGCAAAACAAAGACAGCAAAACAUAUUUAUUUUGAUUUUGCUGUUAGCUUAAUACUUCUAACGUAUUCAAGCCGUUCACUAUUUCUUUAUUUUUUCCCUUUACAAUUACAUGUCGCAGUUUUUAUACAAGUAUAAAAAUACUGUAAUUAAUUGACAUGGAGACAAACCGCAAGCAGCCGCCAACCCAAAAAUAUAACUUUUUAGGCAAACAGUAGCAAAGCCAGGCUAAAAGCAUUACAAAAAAAAAUAUAUAUAUAUGAACAAAGGGAGCAACAAAAUCGCCAGAAAUACCAGAAAAUAGUUUUCUAUUUUGCAUACCGAGACUGAGUAAAAAUGGGAGUAAAUGGCAUUCACUAAGGAUGCCAUUGUCUUUUUUUAUUAAUUUUAUUAUAUAUAUAUAUAUAUUUUUAAACAUUGGUUUUCAUUUUCCCUCUUAUUGGGCAAGUUACAGGAAAAUUAUAUUUAAAGUUAAAAAAAAACCGCUCCAUUGGCGCCAAGAAAACAACAAAAUAUGUUGAAUUUAUUCCAUACUUUUGUUUAGCUAUAUGAACAUAUAGUUUUGACCCCAAUUUUGAUCCUUGUCUAUAUUAGACACUUUAGUAUUUAUGAAGUCCAAAAAGCAACCAUGUGCCACAAAAAAAUAUUGGCAUAUUUCGGGCCAAAUACUGAUUGGCAGUUGUGACAAGAUAUUUUAAAACCUAAAAAUACUAUAACACAAGUAAAAGUUGUAAACAGAAUUAAUACCCCCUGCGAUUGUCGGUUGAAUUGAUUUUAUUAAAUACAAUCCAUGCAAGCAGUGGAAUAAAUAUACAUAUUAAGCCCUCAACUAAACAAUUAACUUUGAUAAAUUAUGAAAAUUAUUCAAAACAAAAAAUGAAACUAAAAAUACACAAAAUAAAAUGUUAAAUGUUAAGAAACUGAAAUGUUUUUUGAACAGUUUGCUUGCGGGUAUUGAAAAAAUUUGCAAUUUAUAAAUUAUUAUUAUAUACCAUUGUAUUUAUGUUAACGUUUAAUAUAUUUGAAGAAAAACAAUGUUAAGCAUGCAAAAUAAUCAAUAAAAAAUAUGUUAUUGGUAUUUAUACAAAAAAAAAAAA